AUGAACUCACCAAAUGCGAGAUUGCCAAUAAACGAAAACACGAUUCGCUCGCUCCAAGCCCAGCUCAGUCUUUUAGAGCGUUCUCUAGGAAGAGAUCCCCAGACAUCCGCUCCAGAUUUAUCACAGACAUUGCCAGCUCCGAUAGCUCGCUACAGCGAUACAGCCAGUUCCGGCAAGCUCUCCCGCCUAGACGAAUUGACAAACAAGUUGAAAGAAAAGCUCGACCAGAUAGAGCAGCCUAUCAAUAGAAGCCCAAACGCAUACAUGGAAAGCAACGCCCGUUUUAAUUACACCUUUCCGUCUCAGGGGCGACUGGACUUCGAUGCUUAUGAAAUGAAAGAAGAGGAAUCGUCAGAAAUGAAGGAUAAAAUAGCUGCUAUAGAAGGAAUGAAGGCGCUGGAAAGACUUGAAGCGAGGAAAAAACGUAGCGAUAUUCAACGAAAAAUGGAUGAGACCCGAAAAGAGCUCGAAUUUCUCAAGAAAGAAGAGGAGCGACUGGAAAUCGAGCAAAUCAAGGCGCUUUCCAUGAAGAGAAUGCCUUACAGAGAGAUGAAUUCAGUCAAUGUAGAAGUCGGAAGUCCAGAUAACGAUGGCGAAAUCGAUAACUCGGAUUCUGAGCAUCAUACUUACACAGUCUGCCGCGACGACGAAAACCAGUUGGCGGAGAGAAUCAGUUCUUUGGAACGAGUCAUUGUCAAAGUGUUGGCGGAAAAUGAAGAUAAUAAAAACCAAAUCGCAGAACUAAAAUCGAUUGUUGCGAAGAAAUCAGCAGUCCAAAACGCCCCGCCAGCGAGCAGCGGCAAGAUCUUUUCCUCGACUCCUCAUAAGAACCAGAAACAGGCCAAGGGAGGAAAUCUAAGCCGAACAGCUCGGGAAACUCUUCAUCGCGUGGAAAAUCUCUUCAAAACUCAACCAGAGUCUACUGCAUUCUUCGCCACGACGAUGGCGCUUCUUUCUGUAGCUAAAACUCCGAACAUUCAGAAAAAGAUCAAAGAAGUGAUCCAAAGCGAAAUCGAUGGAACUGGAAGCGAGAUUGAAAUCUCUGACGGAGAAGUCAGCGAAAUAGAUCGAGAACAGCGACUUGCAGAUCUCUACGAAAAACAACUCCCCGAUUAUGUUGAAUCUCUACUUGAACCCUUGAUCACCAGCCUAGUUCAAAAAGAUGAAGCUUUAACUCAUGCCGACGUGAAAGACUUCGUCGACAAGUUUUCCUUGAACGCUGGAGUGCUCUCACUUCCAGCGCGGCAACGAGACUCGUUCAAGGGCCAGCUUCUUCUUCAUUUGAGCAGUUUUAUUGGAAACACUAAAAUUCAACGGGCGACGCUGGAAAAUGAUUUGGUGAAGUUUUUAGCCACUCUUGUUGAUAAAAUCCGAUCAGAGAAGAAAAUAGAUGCAGAUGGAGACAAUGCGCCAGUAACUCAAAACAUAAAGACGGGCGCUAAGAUUCAGUUUACAGAUGCAGAGCUUCAGGCCCUAACAUCUUAUGGAAGCGGCGAGGAUGACUCCGCUGAAGAUUUCGAUGAAGUCGACAUUAUCGAAGAAACAGAAGCCUCUUUUGUUGCCGGUCUUGGCGAAGAAAACUAA